AUGGCCAAUUUCCCAAUGUCCCUGUCUUGGGAAACUAGUUUGAACAUCGGUUGGCAAAGCAUUGCUGACACCCGCAUCUACGACAUGGUUGCGGCCGAGUCCUCCGGCGGGGCAGCCGCUCAAGCCUUGCGCGCCCUUCGCCGCGCCGCGCAGCUGCACACGGAGCGACGUGGGACUGUGACAGCGAAGCCUGGCAAGAUCGUGCAGUCUGCACCGAGAGCAAUCCGUGGCCGUGGUGCAGGCGCGGCGCAGACAGACGUGGCAUCUCAGCAGUCUCAGUUCUCGCAGCCGACGCAGCCUGCUUCACAACUGCCGCUUUCCCAGUCUGAAACGGUUCCUGGCUGGGAGCAGUUCGGAUCGCAACGUGAAGCGUGGGCUUCCAUGUCCACGCAGACGCCAUCUCACUUCCCUCCUUCCAGCACUGAUGCCUCACAGCGUGGAUCGCAGGCCCAGUCGCAACCACUAUGGUGCUCUCAGCCUGUUGGCGCUCCUAUGACCAAUGCGUCUCAACCAAAAUGGCAUCCGCUAUCACAGCCGAAGCAGCCGACCGAGCAAGUUUGCCCUGCGUCUCUCUCCCAGCCUUUGUGGGCCCAUUCGCAGCCCGAAGCGACACAGUGUUCGUGGUCAGGUUCGCAGGGUCAUGCAGAACUCCUCGCUGCGAGCGGAUCGCGCGCAAUGGCUGCGGAUAACGUCGUUUCCAUGUCGCAAGCUGCCGUCUACCCGUCACGUGUCACUGGCCGACAUGGAAGCCAGGGCCGAGCUUCCGUCAACGACUUCCCUCCACAGGCGCAGCCAAAUGGAGUUGCAGAGGCAGCUGCUGCAUUGGCAGCCGCCUUGGCUCCGCUGGCGGCAGCGCCAGUGCAAGCCGGUGAAGAGAGAAAGCGAAGGCGCUAUCGCCACAAGGCACCGCCUCCUCAGGAAUGUACCCCAAUUUCCACGAGGCCGCCGAGUCCGCGCUCAGCAUCCACUGGCAGGAAGCGCGACUUUGGCUUGUCUCAUGCCGAGGUGUUGGCCGAGACGGCGACGGCAGCAAUUGGCCUCUCCUUGGAGCGAUUAAGCGAGGACAUCGGCCAAAUUGGUCAGGAAAGGGCAGCUCGGCGUGCUGCAUGCCAGCAAGCAGCAUCGGAGGCUCUACACCUGUUGGACAAGCACCGGCCUGCCUGCCGUGAAAGCCGUGAUGCAUUGGCUGGUGCAGUCAAGGCGGCAGAUGCAGCUUUGGCUGCAGUUGCAGCUCUGGAACGAUUACAUGCCCCAGAUGUUCAGAACAGGCUUUCGACUUGCCCUUUGCCAUCUCAGCCGCUUCAAAUGUUCGGUGGUCCAUCUUGCGGCCUCGGCGGACAGGGGCCACUUCGAAAGCGGGUGAGACGCAUUGAUGGCAUUGCAGCUUGA